CGAUAAAAUAAGUGCGGCUUGUUAUCUGAUCAAUGAUCAUUAGCCAUUAGAUAUUAGCAGGGCCGGCUCAAUACUGGUAGGGGCCCUAGGACAAAAAAAAAAUUUUACUCUCUAAAAUUUAUAUAGAGAUAAUGUUUAAAAUAUUUUUAUAAUUUAAUCAAUAAUAUUUUGUAUAUUUUGUAAUGAAAAUAAAAUUAUAUACAUAUCAAAUAAUUUUGGGCCCUUUUCAAUUUUAUUUAUUGUAUUUAUAAUUUUUUUAUAUAUAAAAAUAUAGAUUUAUAAAAAAUUGGGCGCCUUAUUUAUCAUUACACGGGGGGACACGGGCUCGGAUCCGGGGCGGUCGCACCGCUUGUCCCCCUUGUAAGCCGGCCCUGGAUAUUAGUAUUCAAAUUUAACAAAUUUACACGUGUGAUAUUUUGUUUCAAACAUUAACAUAACAUUAUUUUUUUCGCCAUUUUUUAGUGUAGUGCUGAACUGAAAUUUACAUAUAUAUUUCAUUGUGAUGAGUCUGGUGGCAUUCAAAGUCCAACGAGAAAGGUAGAAUCCAACGACUGAGAUGAACAUAUUAAGUUUAAUAAUAUAAAUAUAACAUUUUACAUGCAUAUGAAUACGACGAACAUAAACAGUACGCUCCAACAAACUAUAGUGUUUAUAGUUUGUUGAAAAGUAGAAAGAACAUAACUUAUUGCCAUUCUAAUAAAUAUAGUGUAGGGAUAUGUAGACAUAGAUGUCAACAUUUAAUACAAGAAGACAAUGACGUACAAGUAACUAUAUAAUUUGCAUGGAAUCUGAAUUGGACGGUGCAAUUGAUGUUUUGUUUUUGGCUUUAAAAUCUAACAGUAAAUUAUGCUUUCCUUAACGUCUGGUUUUGUUUGUUUGCAUUCAGAAAUUCAUUCUAUAAUUCAUUUUAUGUAUUUCUUUUUAGGUGUUAUAUAAAUAAAUCAAUUUUGUAUAUUUGAUAUAUGGUGUUUUUCACAUCAUUGUAUAAGUGUUUUCGUAUUGAUUCGAGUCCUUAAUCCGUGUCAGUCUAGUUCUUUUUGAUCUUUUACAGGUCUGGAGUUGGUAGAAGAAUGAAGAGAGGGUGCAUAAAGAGAAGCUGUCUUUUUGGAGCAUUCCUGCGGAGAACACUCAAGACGAACAGUCCCGAAACUGUUCUCAAGCAGAACAAACAGACGGAGUAAUCUCGAGGUUGUUCCCGACAAAUAAAGAAGCUCAUAUUUUCGGGAAUUAAGGCCAUGUUGCCCUAAUAUCUUUUCUACCUAUUGGCGCCUCCAUAUAAAGACGCCACAUAUCCUAUUUUAUUUCUUACGCUAGUUUUUACAAGACAACUAUUAUCUUUUGCGAUCUGCAACUUGUAAGGGAGAAGAAUCCAUUCUCUCAUAGAGAAAACCAUCCUAACCCUUUGUUUACUACUCUUAUUAUUAUGCAGUUUCAUUCAGGAUCUAUGUCUUUGAUUGCUUGCAUCAUGAUUGAGUAGUGAUCUAGCUCGCCUAAGGUUUUUAGGGUGUUGAAUUAUGAGCUAAACAUAGAUAAGCUAUUCUUAACUAUUCUUCAUCCAUACUGUUCUUAAGGCUUCCAUUAAUCUGAUCACUUGAUGUUAGAUCCUAAGUUAAUCACCUAGCUAACCGCUUAGGAGAUAGCUUGACAUGUAUUGAAUGAGCUUAAUAUCCCUAAUCAGCGAAAGUAGAUAUUAGGGUAGUAAGUGAACUGAUCGGACCUGAUCUCUAAGGCUUGCAGUUGUUUCUCAUCUCAACGACAGUUAGAUGGUGGGAUCGACCAGAAAAGGAAUCACCACCACGACAGUGGAGUGUUCCAGCUGAGUGAUCCGAGUUCUAGAAAGCACUGCAUUGCGCUUGAAUAAUUGUUUGGCUCUCGCUCAACACCCAAUGAAAUACCCUAGGCUAGCUUCUUGUUAAAUUGAAUCAAUAUCUAGUUUACUUGUUUUCCGCAUCACCAAUUGAAUUGAAAACCAUUUUAUUCUUAGCUUAAUAUUGAAACUCAUAAGAGUAAAGUGUAUUUAUGAGUAAAGUGUAGACUGGUCCUCUGGAUUGAAUCUAAAGUACUAUAAUCAUAACUGUUAACUUGGCAGUAGCAAGAUUCUUAUUUAGUGUAUCAAUAUUAAAUUUAUAGAUGGGUUAGUUCGUGGUUCGUACGGUAGUGGUAGACUGGUAGCUUCUUUUUCGACCAUUUAUUUCAUCCAUAUACGAGUAGAUUAUUGUUUCUUUGCGAUUUUACUUGUCCACACAAAAAUAAAAAGAAUGACGUAUAUGGUUUCUACAUCACUACAUAAACUAGGUAUUUCCAUGGAGUCAUAAAGAUGAGAGUACUUUAUUUGCUAGAAUUUGGUAUGUUUGAACUUUGAAGGCAAUAUGUGCAUGGCACAUGCAAUGUAUUCGUGAUAUAUAUUUGUAAAUAUACCUAUUUAGACGGUGGAAUUUUAGAAAAUUAUGACCACUAUAUUAUAAGACUGAUGUUGACUUGCAUCUUUGUUGUUUUGAUCAAAUAUGCGAGUCAUUGUAAAUAUAUAAUUAAACUAUUUAACUAGAAACUCAAAUUUUAAGUUUUUAGUAUUCUUAUAUUGAUUUGGUAUGUGACCCAUAACUUUAAAAUGUAUUCAAUCCAGACACUUCGCAAUCUGGAUCUGAAUCCGAAUAAACAAACUAAUCCAAUUUAAACUAUAUCAAAGGAAAAUGCCGUAUGAAUUGAAAUGAAUCGAAUUAUAUUAAAUCUACUUUAUGGUUAACGUCUUUUUCUUUAAGCUAUUCCAUCAAAGUGCGUGACCCAAAAAAAACCAUAGUUACGUGACUAUCUUGCAUUUCAACAGUACAUCUUUUACUAAAAAGAAAAAUUAUUUUUAGAUUUUUAAAGCUGUAUCAAAUGGCAUUUGUAUUAGAGGAAAAGUAUUCUUUUAAAAAAUAAAAUAAAACAAAUAAAUGACUACACUCAAAUUGAAGGUAUUGAAGGAUGAUCUCUACAUUAAGAGAAGAUGGUGCGAGUUCUUCUCGCAUUGGAGAAAUUUGCGUUGCACUCGCACAGAGUGGUGCAACCACACGUGCACGUCGCCUUCUCGUCGACGAGACACACACGAGUGAUAGACAGUACAGUUGUCAUCAGGUAGGGCCUAAAACUAGUCUUGUCUUGUAGCUAGAACCUCUGGAUGCUUCAGAGACUUUCAACCAUGCUGAGUUGCUGAUUUUGAUUCACCUUCACCAAACUGUCGGCGGAGAUUCAUUGUUUGAUGUAAUUCAAUGGAUUUGUUUAUUCGAAGUACUUUGGAUUUGGGUAUUGUAACCUUUUAAUAUAUUUAAAUAACGAUUUAACUGCAUUAUUAAAGAAAAUGCUUCGCUGUUAUAUCUGUACGUUGGCUUACAAAAGGGAGACACACAAAUCUUCCUAACUAUAUAAAAUUAUCAUAUUACAUAGUUUUAUUUAUAAAAGAUAUUGCUUGUUUUAGUAGCUUCUUUACACCUUCCAGAUGACUCCAAAAAUCGAUGUCGUUCCCAUAAAAUUCCAUUUGAAAAUUCUCGCAGAUGUAUGUAUUUUUAAUAUACUUUGAUCUAUUAUUAUUUCCGUGUUGCAGAGAUUUGUACUUGUUUGUUUGUGUAUUUUGUGAAAUUGCAUCUAUUUCAGACAAAAGCAAAAAAUGUAAAACUCAAUUCAUCAGUAUAAAUAUUUGAUUGAUUAUUUUGAUUAAAGACACGAAAAGAGGGCAUCUAGUAUCUUAUGAUAUUUUCUUCUGAAUCAUUACAUUCAUUUAGUAUUUGAUAAAUCACAGUUAAAUAUAUACAUAACUAAAUCCUUUUUUUUUUACAAAAUCUUUUUUUCGUAACUUUUAAAUUUACACAUAAAUUUGUUACGUUCAACGUGGAUUACUAAGAUCCGAAGCUUAAAUAUUUAUACACAUGCACACGCAAUAUACGGUUCAAACACUUGUCUUUGACCUACCGUACAUUUACAAACUAUAUAUUAAAAGAGUUAACUAUCGAUUUAACACACACGAAGGUAGUAACAUUUAAAAUUAAAUAAAAGAAAAGCAGAGGAAGGUACCUGGUUGUUGGUUUCGAAGGCUUAUAUAUAAACCUCUACAAAACCUCUUCAUCUCACUUGAACUUAGAUUACAUCACUUCAAAGAAAAUCAUCUCUUACUCGUGGAUACAACUUUGCUAACUUUCCGACAAAAGAAUAACAAGAGUUCAAUGGCGGUUUCUAAUUCUCUAACAAUCUCUCCGAGAAAACUCCGGUCUGAUCUUUACUCUUACUCGAACCAAGACAAUACCAAGACACCUCUGGUCAUCUCUGUUCUAUCUUCUCUUAUCGACCGAACUCUAACUCGAAACCAGAGAAUCAGUCGUAGAGCUUCGCCGGCGUCGUCUACUUCCGGCCGGAGUGGCAAAACCCAGAUCUUUGAUUGCCGUGAAAUUCCAGAUAUGACCAUCCAAUCGUACCUAGAGAGAAUUUUCCGGUACACAAAAGCCGGUCCAUCGGUUUACGUGGUGGCUUAUGUCUACAUUGACCGGUUCUGUCAACUCAAUCCCGGUUUUAGAAUCAGUCUCGCUAAUGUACAUCGCCUCCUAAUCACCACCAUCAUGAUCGCUUCUAAAUACGUCGAAGAUUUGAAUUACAGAAAUUCAUAUUUUGCCAAAGUAGGUGGUUUAGAGACAGAGGAUUUGAACAAAUUAGAGUUAGAGUUUCUGUUCUUGAUGGGAUUCAAGCUACAUGUUAAUGUGAGUGUGUUCGAGAGUUAUUGUUGUCAUCUUGAAAGAGAGGUCAGCUUUGGAGGAGGUUAUCAGAUUGAGAAGGCAUUGCGUUGCGCCGAAGAAAUCAAAUCUAGACAAAUGAUCGUUCAAGAUCCUAAACAUCAUCAUCAUCAUCAUCAGUUUGCUCGAGUCUUGUUGUAGACAAAGAAACUCUUCUUUUUUAGUUUUGUCGUUUGUGCUUGUGAUCUUGACUUUCUGUUGGUCAGAGUUUUAUUGGCAUGGUGUUGGUGUAAAUGUAAACAUAAUUGAGUAGAGAUAGCAGUGAUGUAUGUACUGAGCAUUGUAGAUUAGUAUAUAGAUUCACUAUCUAUUGAAGUUGAGAAAAUCGUUUCAUUUGCA